AUGUUUCGGAAGCCGCUCAAACAUAGAUCGAGGAAGAGUACGGUGGAAGGAAAUUCACCGGUUAAAAUUCUGCGGUCAGCGUUUGCCAUUGACAGUCUCAUCUCCAAUAAAGAAGAGACGACCGUCUCUGAGAAACUUCACGAUUCCAAGAUGUGCAGUUCCGCUCACGCAGUUGAGGCGCCAAGUGGACCAGAAUGCAUUUGUUCGCCAGCCGCGGAGAUUGCCUCCGAAUUCUUCGGUAAGCUCGGGGCAAAAGCCUGAACUUUGCCACUAGGGUAAUUAUUAAAAGUCCAAUGAAUGUUUUCCGACCUGAUGGCUGAAUGGAUAACGGCAUUACUUUGCGUGAUAGAAUAGACUUCUCAAGCCCAAACAUUUGAGAAAUGGUACACUCCACCAGUUGGCCGUAUAAUAUUGUUGGACAAAUGACGGUUCCUCUAGCAGUUUGUGGCAAGGAUUGUAAUAUUUUAACGCUGUAAAGCCCAGUCUGCUCAAGCAGGCCCAAUUCGUGCCAAGAUUGGACGUGCCAAAGGUAGUCUGAGGGGACAGGGAAACUACUGCCUCUACCUCCAUAAGACAUACAGUUUUGUCAGUAAUUUAAACUUCUGACGCCAUAAUGCAUCUACAAAACGGACGAUGUGGUAGAAAUUAAACAGCGAGUCUCGCCAACUAAUUGGCCGCCCUUUUCCUCGUACGUGAUGCGGAGGCAGCUGAAAGAGAAUAAAGCAAUCGAUUUGCAUGCAUUUUUUAUUUAAAAGGUUUAGAAGAAUAUCAUCGUAUCGGAAUCAGUGAUAUCAAGAUGAGACUUGGAAAGUUGUCAUUUAGGUGGCAGGUAAAUCAGAGCACUUAAGGCUGUGUUACUGAGUGAGAAUUUAAGUUUUUCAGGGAGUUUCGGGACGCCAAAACUAGAAAAAUUGAGAAUGUAACGAGUAAUAAAGGAAGUUUAUUUAAGUCAGUCUAAGAACGUUUAUUAAGGGAAUGGGUUUUCGCCCUUAAGAUCUCUAUUUAUAUCAAUAAACAGCAAUUUAAUUAAUUGUUGCACGAGUAAAUCUGAAAGUUUGAAAGUUAACGGUAAGUGUGAGUCGGGCGCAAACUGCCGCCACUAACACAAUCAUGAUUAUAUAUACGGUAAUCUUCUUGAAAAUGAGCGUGUGGUCUGCACUUCAAGGAUUCAACAGUUUAGGAAAAACCACCAUAUCAGGGGGUCCGUUCCAUGCUCCAAUGACCCUCUGCGAGAAGACUUUCGGUCGGACGUCCGUAUGGGCCAGCUUCCUCUGCAGUUUGAAGGGAUGACCACGCACACUGUCCACCUCAGCCAAUUCGAAGAAUUCAUCAAAGUCUCUGACAAUCCGGUGGGUUUGAAUGAGGUCGCCGCGUAGUUGCCUGUAAUUGAGAGGUAGCAAAUGUAGUUCAGCUAGUCUGGUUUCGUCCGCCAGUUGAUCACGAUACUUGAAUAUCUUCGUAGUCAUUGUCUGUACUUUUUCCAGGGAUUGAUAACCCUUCUUGAACCACGGUCGCCAGACCUGAAGUGCAUAUUCUAAGUGAGACCGAACGAAUGUCCCGUAGUUUUCCGACCAACUCCUUAUUGAUCUGCACAAGGAGCUGUUUGGAAAAACCUACGGGUCAUUCGUUCGGUCCCACUUAGAGUAUGCAGUCCAGGUCUGGCGACCGUGGUUUAAGAAGGAUCACUAACAGCUGGAAAGAGUACAGACGAGGACUGCGAAGAUGGUCAAGAAUCUUGAUCUUCCUGAUCCUAUUUUCAUGUUGAAGAAAGCACCGACAAAGAUAAGGACACAGGGAUGGCCAUUUCUAGCUUAUUACUCAUCAUUGAUUGGCCUUGUGUGCGUUGGGUUAAUUGACGCUCAAUGACCACAGAACAGGUGUUUGAGGCUCCGGUGCGGAAAAACCCGGUUUUGGGCAAAGCCGGCUAACAACGGCUAAUAAGUCAGAAAUGGACAACCUGGUAUCCUGUGCCUUGGCCAGAACUUCGCUAGCAUACAUGUCUGGCCGCUAUGAUGCUGCCUGUGAGGACUAUAUUUUGGGCCUCAAGGCAUAACCCGACUUGUACGCCCGUGAGACCGAUCGGUGAAUGCACUUCUGUACAGGAAAAAUAUAUGCAUUCAUCUGAACCAGCUGUGAAAAGUCAGCGACCUCGGUGGGCUUCGAAUCCAAAAGGGUAAGGGCAAGAAUUAAGGCCAGCCAACACUUUAACCAUCUGAGUUACGAAGCCCCACCGGGUGCCGUGAGUUUAAUCACAUAUGAAUAUAUAUGCAGAAUAGCAUUACCAACAACGACAAGGCAGACCGGAAUUUUGGAAUAUCAGCCGUCGUUAGCUAGUCAUAUUCAACCCCGAAGUGUGGAACACCUGAGGCCGACCCCGCGUCCUUUGGUAGAAGUCCAACGCCUCUAAAAUCUGAGCCAUGGGUUCGUUGUCCUGUCGGUUGUGAUCGGGAAUAUACAAUGGUAGAGAGGAGAUCACUGACCGUGUUACGGAACUCACUCGUCUCGUUUUGACUUGGGGCUCCCUCUCGAGUCUAACCAGCAGUCUAUUGUACGCGCCGCUGUGCGGCUGCUGGCGGGGCUCGAGAGAAAGCCCCAAGGCACGACGAGACGAGUGAGUUCCAUGGCGCGCCCGAUGAGCUCCCUCCAUUAUACAUGUAUUAUAUGUAUGUAUAUAUGCUGAUAGUGGGGUACCGACAGAGACUAGGGAAAUCGUGAUGACGUUGCCGGCAUACUAGACGUCGCCAGCCAGCCAUACACGGCUGCAGGUUUGGGAAGCCUGACAUUUGAAUUCGCCUUCUUUGGUCACUGAGCGUUAUUAAGUCCGACGCUCUGCCGCUGAUCCACUGGGCAGUUGUCUUGUUAGUUGUGAUCGAGAAUAUUACCUAUGGUAAAGGGGUACUAUCGGAUUAGAUUACGGACCAUGCUUCUUUUCUUUCGGUUUCCGUUAUCUUUGUCGGCACCCCGAUGUCAGGAGUACGGUAUAAUAGUUCGAUAUAUACAUAUAUCGAGCGUAUUAUACUAUACUCCCAACAUAGGUACUAACUAAAAGCCCAAACACGUGUUUCACCGAUAUUCUGCCACUGAGUGACACAGCUGCAAGGGGUUCGGCUCUUCAGUGGGACCCUCAGCGUUCUUUAUGCGGUUUCUGGUAUAUGAAAUCCAGAGGAUACUCAAGUGAAUAAUUUCUGAAAGUUGAAGCUUCGGACAGCAGUCGUCUUAGUAUCUUCGUCUUCUAUUCAAACGUACAGAGCUCGCGAACUUUCCAUUAUAUAUAAUGCUAGGUGGACGCUCACCAAUCGUGUUAAGUGACCUACUCGUCCUGUUACCCUACCUCAAUUACACACCGCUAUUCGGCUGUUGGCGGGACACGAGAUUGAGCCCCAAAUCACAAUAGGAAGAAUGUAUCGCGUAGCGCAAUCAGUGAGCGCACCUUCGUUGUUGUAUAUACCCGAUCGCAACCGAUGGAACCCCGAACCCGUGACUCAGUGGUUAGGGCGUUGAACUUUUAACCAACAGGUCGCUGGAGCGAACCUCAGGCGUUGCACGGACUCGUGGUUGGGUACGGCUAAAUGAUGGCGGAUAUUAAGCCAAAAUGGUCAUUCCGGUUUCCCUUGUAUUCUUCAGUAAUGUUAUUCUGCAUAUGCAUAUGUAUCAUGGGGAGUGACGCUCACCGACUGCGGCACAGGACAUGCUCAUUCACUUAUGUUUUGAAGCUCGAUAUAAAGCCCUGCUGGCAGUCGCAUAGCGGCUAGUACUGUAUGCGACGCUUACUGGUCGAAGGUUGGACACAGUUACCAAAGAUCCCGAGUUCGAAUCCAAGGUUCCCCAAACACGGGGUUUGGCAUGGCUGUUUGAUGAGGCCGUAAGCCAGAAACGGACACUCCAGCAUCCCUGUCUUUGUGAGUGAUCUCCUCCUGCAUUCCUAAAGUGCAUAUGGAUUUUCUGAGCUGACUACAAAAUUCCAUGUCGUAUGCACUUAGCAGUAAGUCCUGCCCCUUAUAAUGUCUGAAAUUAUCGUUUUGAUAUUCAUCUGGAGUUCGCAUAUCAGAAACCAGCAACGGGGACGUUGAGAGACUCCCGGAGGAGUCGGAUGCUUGACAGUUGCGUCAGACAGCAGCAGAAAUAUUGUCGAAGCACGUGUCUUGGUUAUGAAAAAUGUAUGUGCAUAUGCAGACUGAGAUACCCGACAAAGACAAGAGAAACUGGAAUGGCCAUUUUCAUCAGCCAACCAUACCUGGCCACAGGUUCGGCGCACCUGGAAUUCUAAUUCGGAAUUUUUCGGUCAUUCAGUAGAACGCCCCAACAAUCGAGUCACGGACUUGUUGUCCGGUCGGUAAAGAUCGGGAAUAUUAACUAUACUGGGAGGACAUUCACUGGUCGGGUUACGUGAUGCGCUCGUCCCGUCAUUCGAUGGUAGAUUGUUAAAAUCCAUGGCCAAAGAUCCCGGGUUCGAAUCCCAAGUGAUCAAGACUUGGGAUUGGGUAUGACUGUCUCCUGAUGGCUAAUAAGCCAGAAAUGGCCAUUCCGAUCUCCCUUGUCUUUGUCGGUAUCAUCACAUAUAUUUAUUUAUUUAUCCAUAUUGACCCAACUGUGAAAAACUCGACGCCUCGGUGGGAUUCGAACACACGCAGUAAGGGGAAGGCUUUAGUACAGCCAACGCUCCAGCCACUUGAGGUAAGAGGCCCCGCCGGAGACACGAAUUCAAUCACAUUUCGGUCAAGUUACCCGCCGAACCUACUGCAGUGUCUGGAUUACAUCAAAUCUGAUACAGUAAGUUGACUGCCCAAGCAGGAUUUCCUAAGUAAUUAACCUAGAAUUCACCAGACGACUACCAGGUUUACGUAAUUCAUAGAUGUUUUGGCAUAUUUUGAAUAAUUCAUAUCGACCCAACUGUGAAAAACUCGGCGCCUCGGUGGGAUUCGAAUCCACGCAGUAAGUGGAAGGCUUUACUACAGCCAACGCUCUAACCACUUGAGCUAUGAGGCCCCGCCGGACGACGCGAGUUUAAUCCAGACGUUGCAGUAGGUUGGGCGGGUAACUUGACCCGAAUGCGAUCUAACUCGCUUCGGCCGGCGGGGCCUCUUACCUCAAGUGGCUGGAGCGUUGGCUGUACUAAAGCCUUCCUCUCACCGCAUGGGUUCGUAUCCCACCGAGGCGCCGAGUUUUCCACAGUUGGGUCAAUAUGAAUUAUUCAAAAUUACCAAAACAUACAUAUUUAUGUUAAAUAAUGUCAGUCCUUUGAACCGCUAGCGCGUUAAAUGGCUUUGGAUGAUAUGGAGGCCGAUGGCAGUUUUACAGCACAAAAGGAGGCGGCGACUUUCCCUAGACCGCCGGUGUGACUACCAUGACCGUUGCGGAUAAAUGGCCCGGCCCAUGUUCACUAGCCUGACGGAUUGAGAUGUCACGUAAAAACGGUGUCAAGCUACAUCGUGAGGGUCAAUUCGCUAGGGAGAUGCAUUAAUUACCGUCUCGAAAAUGAAAACGGUACGGAGCACUUAAACCGGCAUGCGAAGUACAACGUCUGACCGUGGUUUUACUAGGGAUUAGUCCCCAGGGCUGAAUUUUGACGGAAACUUCCAAACACAUCUCUUUUUCAAGAGGACCACACUCACGACGUUUCCUCUUUAUCCCUGACUCCACUUACUCGAUGAGUGUGAUAAAUGGCCCAACUAGUUCAGAGCCAUUUUAAGCUCGUGCCACUUCACGGAAUGCGGGAAGAUGUGUUCUGUCUUGCAAUCUCCAAUCAGCUCGGGGUGACUCAUUUUCGGCAGUUUACUGCUUUACGCAAAGUGGAAGCUGGCACUUGGUUUCAACAGGUUGCAUCGAUCCCCAUUUAUACCUUUUGUUUGAUAUUAUUGAUAGUUAGGGGCGAAUAAUAAAAAAGCCUUAAGGAUUAACCGCCCCAUAUCUCGGCUCAUCUGGCAGUUGAGUCAACUCUGAACUCGCAUUCGUUGGCUCCCUUGAGUUUUAAAAUUUUUGUGCGAUAGAGGUACUGCGUCCCUUGAGCUUUGGGUGACAGCGUCGUCUGGUAAAGGUGAGUUUCAGGCAGGUUUAAUCGGUAGUAGUAUGAUAACUUGUCCAGUAUCCCUUCAGAGCUGUCUAAGAGCACGUUUUUUUAAAUUUGAAUCAUGGCCUGCUCCACCUCACCAAAAGUGAGACUGCCUUGUUUGCAUGCGGGCGGAAAAUAAAAAUGGAUACCCGUAGAUUCUUAACUUGAAGCCCGAAGGCUAAAGAAUCGGUUUGUUUUGGUCGGAUCGAACCUCUCAGACCUGCUUAAAUUUCCUCUUGCAGAUGCCAGUAAUAAGGGUGGGAAAGCGGACAACCGAAUUCAGAGAUAUUCCUACAUGUUGACAGUGGAUGCUAAUCAGUGUGAAUUUUGAGUAGUUUGCAUCAACGAGUAUUAGAGUUUCACAAUUAAACUGUCGCUCGAUCUAGGACAACCGGCUCCUCACCAGACGAACCGAUCCGUCCUUACUUGCGCCUCAUUUUCAAUAUGCUGUUUGAUUCGCGGAAUUCAAAUUAAUGCAAAUUUUCGAGACGUCUCUCAAACUGUUAAAACCAAUUCGCCCGGUUGUAACUUGGUUGUAGUCAGACUCACUUUCACCCAUCGCACUCUCAAGAAUUCUAAGUCAUGUGCUGCAGUGUUAAGAUGAUCUUACAGCGUAAAUACAGUGAUUUUUUAUUUUACAGUCCACUUUACCCCCACUGUCCCUGUUACACAGUGAACCCAGACAAUCACUUAAACCUCCAUUAUAUGACUCCUUCACUUCACUCAAGCCCAGGACUCUCAGAAGGAAUAGGUGCAAAUUUAUGCAAAUUUGAAAUUUCUCUGAGUUUAAGAUGGUGAAUUGAUUUAAACCGGGCAGCACCAUUGCGCUUACUUAAUUGGAAUCCAGAUUCCGGGGGGUAAACAAGUGUUGCAUGUAUGUGCACGUGUGCAGGUUGAUUAGCUAACUUUUUGAAGUGACAGCAAAGCAGUUUCGUUGUAUCCCCCCUCCGUCCCCUCCUGCCAGUCCCUACCUUUCUCCUCCGGCACUACAGCACGCUAACUGCUUUAAUUAUGGGGGAAGGAGGGAUCGCGAGGUUUGCAAAUUAACUACUAAAUCGACGCUAGAAUUGCUACUAGGCUGUCUGUUGGAGGGGGGGGGGGAGGACUGCUCUAUUGAACAGCUCUACGGCAGAUUGCACUCAACUGGUGCUGGUCAGCUUCACCCGUCGCUCGUAAGCUCUGUAGCAGCGGAUAAGUGGCGUCGUUUUCUUUGGACUUGACCUUCUGAGGGAACUCACAAGUAGCUACCGGAAUUGUCUAUACCAAUCGACUAUUCUCUGGGCUAAUCAACCCAGUUUCCGAAGGCUGAGAGAGUAGCCGAGUUGAGGUCAUAAUUCUGCAAAUAUCUAAACAGACAUAUCCAGGUAAAGAGGAAGGAAUUAGGUUCUAGUUGCCAAGUACGUUCGCCACUCGUCCUCUUGAAUCGGGGCUCAGGGUUAGAAUUCCCGAGCAAGGGUUAAGUAUAGGCGCGAGGUAGGGGAAAAGUAUACAGAACUGCCUACUGUAUUUUUCGAAGAAAGCGUUGUUCUGCAGAGCUUUUCAUCGGCCCUUCGUUGGCAGGAUGAGAUUCGCUGACCUGUACCGCCCCGAGGAGUCGACGUUGCGGAAAUGUCUAUAUUGACUCACUGUUCUGCACUUCCCGCACGAAUGCCCACUUUUUUUAAAAGUUCGACACGGAGAACAGUCAGAUAGUAGAACAAUACUUGAAGUAUUGUUAGAUGGUAGGCAUACGUCUGCCAGUAAAGCAGGAGUUUUAAAAGUUGGUGAAUUUUUUAAACAACAGUUGCCAUUUUCUUACACCGUGCAUGUACUUAAUCCUUGCCGAAUCCCUCAUCGACACGAACUCUUUUAGGACUUCAUCAAAGAUCUAAACGUUUAAAAUGCCAGCUCUACAGCUGUCAAACCAUGCUUUCUAACCUCAAGUUUGGGAGUUAAGAUGUCGUAGCAGGAAAGUAAGUCCUGUGGGGGAGGAAACAGUAUGCGAUUAACUGAUAAUUAGUGCCAACAACAGAAUAGCUUGUGCCGAUACAAGUGAAGAUGCGAGUUCCAGAAACUAGUUGAAACGGGACCCGUUUCUGCCACUGUCUCUGACGAUGGGUUCAAGUGAUAAUCCGAAACGUCAGGCGAAUAAAGUCCUUGUUCCGGCGGAUCGCAUCUUCUCCUUCUUAUCAGAAUAGAUUUUUUGAGAUUAAUCAUGUCAACGCUCUGCUUUCAUUCCAAUUUUAGGCAUUUGAGGCGGUCGGAUCAUAUUUCUUAGCCGUAUCUGCAGCAGACAAGGGCCAGCUGCCUGACAUACAGGACCAGUGAUGAUAGGUGUUUAACCAUAACCCAACCCCUAACAUUAGUACCUCAGCUCAACCCCUAACCUUAACCCUAACUCCUAACCGCUAACCCCAAACCCUACCUCUUAACCCCAACCCCUAACCCUAGCCCCUAGCUCCUAAGCCUAGCCCUAACAGGUACGGUCACGGAAUAGGAUCUUGCCUUUGAGGUUUAAAAGAUCUGACGCAUGUAUACCACUGUCGCGAUUACCCCAAUGAAACUGAUGGAUUUUGGUUAAAAUACGCACAUCGACUUUCGCGGUGGGUCUAAAAAAUUUCGUUGUGAAGGGCUUACUCCGAGUUAGCUCAUUAAUGUCUAGAGGGGGGAGGUCAAAAGGCUGAAAUCUAACGUCGAUCGUUAAGACGAGCCCAGUCCCUGCGCGACAUUUCACACUGUUAUACUAGUUGUUCACUUACCAAAUCAAGGAGCACAUAUAAGGUCGCAGUUAUUUAAAAAGCGGCAGAUUUCUCACGGAACCACCUCAAAGGGCGGUGGUGGGUAUCGGCUGCUUAGCGUAAUAUUUCCUGUAAUAGCGGCAGUACACUUACAGCUCUAAUUGUCAGCUGAGUCGGCGUUUAGUAAAUGCGCCUGUGAGACGGUGGUUUGUUAAUGCCCGUCGAUCAUGCACUAUCCUGUGCUCCUCAUCGUGGCCGGCCCUCAAGUCCGCCGUUCCUGUCGCGGGGUCCUAAGUGCGGUUGCGGGAUUUGCGUCUUCCAGAGAUCGGCCAGCCUGGAUUAGACAAUUACGUAAGACUUGGUUCGAUUGCAAACUCUGACUCUUCUAUAAAACAACCGCGACCUUCCAUUCGCUUCUUGUCUUCGAAAUCAGAAAGUAAACGCAGUUAUGGCAACUAUUUCAGGGCCUUCCAUGCAAUUUUUUCUUAUCACCCUUCACCUGUCUCCUUUGCAGCAGACUCUGAGACGAGGGACCUCGAACCGGAAGUCAGCGCUCUCCCGUCGCGUGAGUUCCCCACAUUUCUUAAGAAAUUGUUUAAAUGGUCUGGGUACUUGCUUAGAGAGCGAGGGAGGUGUCGCUGGAACUUGAUAAGACUUUUACCGAAGAAUCUCUAAGUUAAAUGGCACACCAACUGAAGCACAAAACUGCUAACCUCGUUUAGUCCAGUCACUUAUACGCGCCUUCGACGGACAGAUAUAUUUUGAUAAAGUUGCGAUUUCGAUCAAUAAAGUUAAUUUGUGACCGGUUCUUCUGCCACAAAAGGUUUGGCCCGAGACAAAUUCUGUAGACUGCAAGAAGCAGAAAUAGCUCCUUUGGAGGGAUGGACUGUCUAGGAUUAAAGACAUCUUCCGCCAGCUGUUGCUAAGAAUUUUAGAAUUUCGCAGCGUUUAGAAGCUGUUUUUUGAAGUGAAAGCGAAAUCUGUGUUGCGUUCUAAUUGAGAAGAGCCCAAAUAGCGAAUGCACAGUAGCGAGUUCUACAAAAAAACACACAUGAGCAGGCAUGAACUUAAGCAUGAUGCAAAGAAAAGGCUUAUCCGAUAAACCAAGGAUAUUGAGACGAAGUUUAAGGCCUCUCAUUUUCAUUUAAGUACGAACGGUUUCUCCAAGUGUUUGUUCACUUCCGUGGACAAUAUUGGUGUGGCCCCUUGGUUUUCUUACUUUCUAUGUUAAGGCCCAGUAAAAUUAUAUUUGUCAAUGUCUUAUGGGAAAUUGGACAGGUUUUAAGUCAAUGUACACCUUGUUUACCCUUCUUUUGUCCAGAAAAAUCUUGUUAAGGACUCCCCCGAUCAUGUUUUCUAGUGGGCAUGCUACGCGUUUAAGUGAGUCAGACCAAGGCUUCCACAUAUUUGAAGGGGUUUUACAAUCUCAUUACAAUGGGGUAUAAUUUAAAAAAUAAGAGUAAGCUUCAUGAAACUCUUAGACCCAAAUACACAGUUCCAGUUUUUCUUUACGUAGUUUAGUUAAUAGGUCUAGCCAAGACCGAUUUUGGUAAACAUACAAAUGUAUUACGUCUCUGCAAAAAGUACUCCGAUUAAACAUUUUGCGAGAACUUUGAAUUACAGUUUUGGUUCUGUUAACUAAACUCAAAAAAUAUUCAAGUGGACUCCGAACAUAUGACUGUGACCCGGGUAGAUUUUUAGUGAUCUGAACCGAGGGGUAACGCUAAGUUCUUGCCGCGUAGAUGGCUUUAUUUCUUGAUAUCUUUUGGGUUGUGCGGACGGCAAUUGCUAUGACCCCGCGUUGCCUUCUUGUUUAUAUUCUACUGCAUGGACAAUACACAGCCGUUAAUCACUCUGGGAAAAAAAUUUACUUUCGUCCAGAAGCAGGUAUCCAGGCCCGCACUUUCAUCAAGUUAUUUACUUUAUUCAAGACCUUAGUCGCCUCUCAAGCAUAAAGACGCCGCUUGUUUCCCUGUAGAGGCCUCCAGAUCGGAGUCGUCGGCCCGGGCAGGGUUGCUUCCGGGGGGAGCGGAUGAAGCAUGGCCUAUUCAGGCUGAUGCCGUUAUCGGAAAGAUGUCAGCUACGUCCUGCUUGACUCUGCCCACUCAGGUUGGAAGCGUCGGCACCCAGUCCGACCCCGCUGUCGUCAGCAUGCUGCAGGCACUCUGGAGACGAUUCAAUGCCGAGGAUGCAGAGUUCAGAAGUUCCAGUCCUUCAGAUGCUAGAGGGAUGGUCAACGAGUCGCGUGGCCCUGCCGAAGUUCAACUGAGGAAUGAUUGUCCUCCGGGGGUAGACAUGACCGUCUUGGAGGGCGUCGACUUGUGUAAUAGCGUCCAUUCGAACACUGGCGAAGAGGAGAACGGUGACAACGUCAGCAAUUGUAGGAGCAGCAGCAGCAGAAGCAGUGUCAGUGGGCACGAUGACAAUUCAGCAACAGGGGAAGGUUAGUUUUUAGCUUGCAUGUAUUCCUACCACACCAAUCUCAUGCAUAAAAAACCCGCUUUGACAGUCUGACCGGCGGAGAACCUCAGGAAAGGCUGACUAACCAUUUAAGAUUUGGUCUCGAUGGGAACAUAUUACUCGAAUAAGCUUAAAUGCCGGUUAAUAUGCAAAAUAAUUCCAAGGUUCUUCGAAUUUUCGUUUGCAAUUAACUAAGUUGAUUUCAGUAUUUGAAGUGUCAGGGUGUCGCAGAGUAAAGAGAUUGUUGGAAGUAGAAAACGUGACGAAAGGUCGGAAUCGAUGAAAAAUAUUUCAAAUUGCCCAUCCUAGGCUACCUCAUGCAUCUUGAAGUUAAUUCAGUGUAAACGUAUAAAAGCUAAGUCGCCUGAACACAGCUGCAGGACAAAUAGUUAGACUACAUUAUGUCGUUGAAAUAGUGCCAGUAUAGAUCUCUCCGAAGUCAGCAAGAGAAAUGGGAAGUAGGAUAUACACUUGGUUACUUAUAUGGAAUGCCCGCGCGUCUCUAAGUAUUUCUUCGCCCUAUGAAUAUGCUAUACCAAAGGACUUAGCUUCGUCACUGAACAUGUGGAGAAAAGUUGUUAAAAUAGGCACUUGAGGUAUCUUAACAGUUUUUUUAGAGAGUUACUGGCUCCAGACCACUUUUUCACAUUUUAUCUUUCUGUAGUAUAUAUUCAGACUCGAAAAAUUGAGAGCUUUUAAACGGUAUCUCGUCAAAUUUCGGCAUUAACGGGGUAUCAACCACAGGCUGGGGCGUGGGCAGCAUCCAUAUUUAUUUCGUAUAAGCACACCUUCUGCGGGCUUCACUGUCUAUCAUUAUUACUUUUGAUCAGAAACGUAUUAUGUAAAAAUGGGUUCUUUAUAUAAGUUUGCCUAAGCCACUUUUAUUUUUGAAACACGACAAUGCUUCGGACUUUCGUUUAAACUUUCUGUAGGCGCUGACUGAAUGUAGUAGUGCGUUCACUUAUGCAUUAGCUGAUCGACCCUUUUGCGCUUAGUAAAUUGACGCUGGCUUUCAGUAUAACAAUAGUCUACUCCUUUAGGCCUCUUAAAGCAUCUUGUUUGAACCAGAAUUUUCACUACAAGGGAACACAGUCAGUUUUUGCCGUCUGCUAUGCGAUAGUCACGGGAAGUUUCUAGUCAUUUUCUACUUCUAAAUUUUCAAAACUUUUUUAGGAAAACAAAAACCAGAAUUGUUACAGCACUAUGGACUUUGAAUAACAAACAUCUUCCGACUGGAAAAUGCCAAAGUAUGAUCCCUUCUUGAUACUCGGUCAGGUUAGACGCAGGGAUAUUGGUCCCUAUAGUACAUCUGGGCUUGCGGUGAACUCCAAGGAGGUUCGGGUUAGAGGGAUCAUGAUGCAAGUUAUGAGGAACAGUGUUAAGAAUAGAAUUAAAGUUAAGAUCCGGGAAUAGGUACUCCCUUGGAAUCUAUCGCAAGACCACCCGUAGUACAGGGGGCGUCUUGCUUCCGGUGUCCAACAGACAACAGUCAAUACGUCGUAGAGUUAGAUGACCUCAACCAUCUCUUUCGAAUGGCUACUCCACAAAACCCCGGCCUAUCGAAUUACAAAAUCACAAAACGGUUUAUAGCCAGUCUUUUAACUGUAUGAUUUCACCUGUAGGGAGUGGUAAACGUCCAGAAUACCGAGAUUUUUCUUUCAAUAAAAUAACCGAAAACAACUUGGCCCAGAGGCAUGCAACAUUUAUUUCCCUACCAGUUCCUUAACGAACACAUUUUGGAGAAGGGGCAAACAAGAGUACCUGCUGCUAUUCGUUCGUACUCUCGACUUCUGGCAGGAAAUGAAUGGCGCCGCAUAAUUCCUCGUUUUCAUCGAUUCAAAAGCCUAUCGACUAUGGUGUAAGAAGCAUUCAAGCAUUCCGCCUAAUAGUAAGUGCCGAAAAAGACUAGUCAGUUGGCACGAGUGUCAAAAAGUCAUACUGGCGGAUGACGGUCACUUUUAUGUGUCAACGCAGGGACAAAAGGGACCAUUAUGAGUUCCCAGAUAUGAUGGUCUUCUACAAACUGCAUGAUCAAAUGUUCAGCAUGUCUCGAUUGCUAUUUACUCCCAUCUAUGUCAUGCACAUGAUUAGAGCAAUCGCUCUUUGGGGUUGGACAUGAGAACAAGUACCUCUCCCCCGCCCCUACUAUCCUCAGCACUGACCUUAGCAGUAACACUAACCUCAAAAUGAACGUCCUAGAAUUUACUCAAGGCCUCUGUACUACCGGGGCACUUAUUCAUAUGCCCUGCCCUCUUCGGAUUUGUGAACUUCCAACACACAGCAGAGAUCGAAUUUUCAAUAAGUCACCUAUGUUUUUUCAUGUGAGAUAAAAGAGAUAGUCGGGAGCCCGGUGAUUUAUUGCUAUGAGGAUAAGAAGGAGAAUGUGAGAAUGUUACACACAGGCCAUCACUGACGACUAAACAGCCGGAACGGUUUGUUUCAAAAGUAAAAUGAGAACAGGAAAUUAAAAACAUUAAUAUUGUGUUGUUUUGAGCACUGUUCAACUGCGCAGAUUUAAGUGAAAUAAGUAGAAGCAAAAAAUAAGUUCAGUAAUAUUCCCAACCCAGCCCUCGUCAACCAAUUUACACCUGCUAACGUUGACUGAUCUUUCGUCUUUUAUCACAUGUUAAUUUGCUUGUUAACUUUUAAAAAUGUUCCAGACAUUCCAGGUAAAGUGCAAUUUCAGGGUCGCUGAAAGAUGAUUUGGUGACUGUAGCGGUAGGUGUUCGGAAAUGAACUACAUGUGUGUCUGCAUACUAAUAUUCAACUUGUAAUUUCGGAAGGUCCGCUACUACUAAACCAUUAUGAAUCCCCUAAAGUCAUUUAUUCCACGAUAGUAAUUCUAGUUGGUUACACAGAGCACACUAGGGAACAAGAUUUUAUUCAAACGGUCUGAGUUCCUUGGUUUUGCACUGAAGGGCUUGGUAAAAGUACACAGCAUAAGUUUUCUCGAUGAUUAGAAGGCUGCGUACUUUUUGAAAUUUUUUAAAGUGAAGUAAGAAAAUGCAAUCCACAAAUAUACAGCAUUGUAAUCUGGUGGAUUCUUGAUUAAUUACUUAGAAAGUCUCGCUUGUGUAGUCAGCUUACUGUAUCAGAUUGGGUGGAUUCCAGACGUUGCAGUAGGCUGCGCGGAUAACUUGACCCAAAUGCGAUUAAACUCGCAUCGUCCGACGGGACCUCGUAGCUCAGGUGGCUAGAGCCCCCCCCCCCUCUGCUGUUGUCGGUUCGAAUCCUACCGAGGCGUCGAGUUUUUCACAGUUGGGUCAAAAUUAAUUAUUCAAAAUCUGCCAAAAGACCUCUUAUUCUAGUGCUGAGUGAGUUUUCCAAAUAUGAACUAAUUCUCCACCUAUUCGUCUGAACAUCCUCAUUUUCUGUCGGUUGGUCCUUGGCGGUUGAUAUGAUUGAAUUUAGUUGCUUUACUUUUUCAGUUAGUUCCUUCGGCAGUUUUCUGUGUCUGCUCUGACAGUUUUGGCCAAAUGCCAACAGUCAUCCUCCCCCAUAUUCACCUUCCAGGUGCUGAAGCACAGACAAAUCGCGACGAGUUUCGACUAAGGAAGAAAAAGACGCGCACCGUCUUCUCCCGGAACCAAGUCUUCCAGCUGGAGUCCAUGUUCGAGGUUAAAAGAUACCUCUCGAGUUCCGAACGCGUCUCCUUGGCACAGGCUCUGCGGCUGACAGAGACUCAGGUGAAAAUCUGGUUCCAGAACCGACGCAACAAGUGGAAGCGCCAGGUAGCCACCGAAGUGGAAGAAUCAGGAGGAGCUGUGGGCGCGGCCCCGAGUGCCUUUCUUCGCAUGGACGACACUCUGCCGUACCCCUAUAAACAUUUAGAAGCGCUUGAGGCUCUGCAUCCACGCCGCCCAGAUGUAAAUGAGCCGAGAGAAAAACCUGGGGACAUGUUCCGUCUUCCGAAACUAGAGCAACCCCACUUGCCAGCUUUUCUGUAUACAGCUCAUGCGAGCAGACUGCCGGCCCUCACAGCACCCUGGUUUCUAUCCCCACUGGGCCUUCAACUUUCUCGCUUUGAUAUUCCCCCCAGGGGAGGGCCUGGCUUCCCGGCGAUGUACCCACCAAAUACGCUAUCUGAAUCGUCCGACGUUAGAGGCUUGGGAAGGAGUGUACAAACGGAGACUGCAGUCUCAGUUCCCAGCUCAUCAAAAGGUUUCUACCAGUAUCUCGAAACAGCCAGUCCCCUAUCGUUGCUGCAAAUUCAGGUCCGGACAGACAAGCCUCAAUUGCGAAAAUAA